AUGAAUGCGAAAGCGGCUUGCUUGGUGGACAUUCCGCUUGUUGCACCCGAUGGGCAAGUCAUCAAGGGCAAGCUGACGGCUGCCCUAAACAUUUGGAGCAUGGUGCUGGGUGCUGAAGAAGAGCGUGAGGAGGUGUUUAAAGCCGGCAUCUGCCCCGUGCUGCACGUUUUGUUGGAGCGGGGGGAUGUGGAGGAACGCCACGCAGCCAUGGGCUGUCUAGCGGUGCUGGCUCAGAGCGAAAAGCACGUGGCAGAGGUUGUCACAAACAGGGCCAUGCGAUGUAGGGAGGCGUUCUGGAGGCUUAGAUUAUUGGCUGAUGGCCAUGGCGAGGUCAUGCCGGCAUCGCCAUUAAACGUGAUUUGUCAAGUUAGGAAAUUACGAUGGAUCGUGGUGAUUGGUGCCUCUGCGGCGUUGCUGAUGUGCGAUCACGCACGCGGCAAGCUACCAGCCGUACAGCUGCUACGACUUUGCGCGGCGCGACAGGACUUCUCAGCCAAGGUCGCUGAUGUGGCUCUUCCGGCGCUGGUCGAGGUGCUAAAGAGCGAUGGACUACCGGGCUGGGGCCAGAUGCGGCAGGUAACGAAAGGGGCGCGGACCCACGCCGCCCACACGCUGAAAUUAUUGUUGGAAAACGUGGAAGGGGAGGUACCAGAGAUACGGCAGGCGCGGCGGGCUGCCGUACUGCAGCUGGGCGCGGUCGCGCCGCUGGCGGCGAUGGUGGCGUCGGCACCGCGGCUGCCGCCCCCGGCGCUGAUGCCCGCACCGCCACCGGUGAUGACGAAGAAGAAGGGCAAGGAUGCGCGGAAGCAUGCCCGCAAGGGGGAGACGCCGCUGGGCGCCCGCGACGCAGCCGCCACAGUCGCGUCAGCCUGUCUGCGCUACCUCUCACUAGUACCGGAGUUCGUGGACGAAUUCAUGCGUAAGAAUACGGCGGCGAGAGCACUUCACUCGCUUGUGGUUCGUCUUUCCCACCCCCCCUGCUUAUCUUUCUUCACAGGCACGGGCACGCUGCCCGGCAUCAUUCGGGGUCUCCAUACGUGCGGUGAGGAGCAGGCCGCCUUCCUGACCGGCAUCCUGUGGGAGACAACCGCAGAGGCACACGUGGCGGAGGCGGCAGUGGCGGCGGGAGCCGUGGUGGCGCUGUUACACGUCAUCUCGAAAAACCUGGCGGGCUGCAAGAUAGGCAAGGCUAGGAAAUCUUCCAAGGCGGCCAAGGGCGGAGACAAAAAAGACGGGCGGGGCAGUCGGGCGACGUCCCCGAAGCGGGACGGCAAGGACGGAAAAGACGGCAAAGGCGGCAAGGGCGGCAAAGGUAAGGGCUCGGGCCCUGCGGGUGAGCCUGUGAACUUUCCGGAUGCGGCGGUGUGCAACGCGACUGGGGCGCUGCAGCACCUCACCUUCCUGGAUGACGCCAAGCACCAGGUGGCCCUACACGGCGGUGUACCCAUUCUGAGUGCCGCACUCAAGAUCUCCAACCCCCAGACCUACGAAAACGCCUCCGGGGCGCUGUGGAACGUGGGCCUGGAUGUGCGGAACAGCCUCAUGCUGCAGGCUGCUGGUGCGCCCACCUUCCUGGCUCGCCCCGUGCCCCCCACCUGGCUCACAAGGGGUGAUGAGCUGCCGGGUGGCAGCGACAGUGACGACAGCGACGCGGCCGAGGAGAUCGCGUGUUCCUCACACAGCUGGUGUGAACACUGCAUGCGCGCGCGCGUGUGCGAGUGUGUGUAUUUAGGUUGUACCAUUUGUGCGCCAUCAUCAAAUCGUCAUUCAUCAACAUCAUUGAUCAUCGUCAUUAUCAAGAUCACCGCGGGGACGUACGGCAUCCGUAACGGCUUCAUCAGUCUUUUUUAG